CUACCCAUUAUGGCCUGGGGACUGCACAGUGCUGCUAGCUUGGCACACUUCUGCCAGAAGCUGAAUCGACUGAAGCCUCUGGAGGAUUCCAGCAUGGAGACGUCUCUGCAGCGCUGCCUGUCCACCUUGGACCUGACCCUGCUGGGUGUGGGUGGCAUGGUAGGCUCAGGCCUCUAUGUGCUCACGGGUACCGUGGCCAAGAAUAUGGCUGGUCCUGCUGUACUCUUGUCCUUUGGUGUGGCUGCUGUGGCCUCCCUGCUGGCAGCCCUAUGCUAUGCAGAAUUUGGAGCACGUGUACCCCGCACAGGCUCUGCAUACCUAUUCACCUAUGUGUCCAUGGGCGAGGUGUGGGCCUUCCUCAUAGGCUGGAAUGUGCUCCUAGAAUACCUUAUUGGGGGUGCUGCUGUGGCCCGUGCCUGGAGUGGCUAUCUGGAUGCCAUCUUUAGCCAUGGCAUUCGCAACUUCACUGAGUCUCAAGUGGGUGUCUGGCAGGUGCCCUUCCUGGCCCGCUACCCAGAUUUCCUGGCUGCUGGCAUCCUACUUCUAGCUUCUGCUUUUGUCUCCUGUGGAGUCCGUGUCUCCUCCUGGCUCAAUCAUACCUUCUCAGCCAUCAGCCUGAUGGUAAUUAUCUUCAUCAUCAUCCUGGGCUUCAUCCUUGCACACCCCCACAACUGGAGUGCUGAGGAGGGUGGCUUUGCACCCUUUGGCUUCUCUGGUAUCAUGGCAGGAACUGCUACCUGCUUCUAUGCUUUUGUGGGCUUUGAUGUCAUUGCUGCCUCCAGUGAGGAAGCCCAGAACCCACGGCGGGCUGUGCCCAUGGCCAUUGCCAUCUCCCUUGGCCUGGCAGCUGGUGCCUAUAUCCUCGUCUCCACCGUACUAACCCUCAUGGUGCCCUGGCACAGUCUAGACCCUGACUCAGCACUUGCUGAUGCCUUCUACCGGCGGGGCUACAGCUGGGCUGGCUUCAUCGUGGCAGCUGGCUCCAUCUGCGCCAUGAACACCGUUCUACUCAGCAACCUCUUCUCCCUGCCGCGUAUCGUCUAUGCCAUGGCUGCAGAUGGGCUCUUCUUCCAGGUGUUUGCCCGAGUGCACCCCCGGACACAGGUGCCCGUGGUGGGCAUCUUGGUGUUUGGUGUCCUUAUGGCUCUCCUGGCACUGCUGCUGGACCUUGAGGCGCUGGUCCAGUUCCUGUCCAUUGGCACUCUAUUGGCCUACACCUUUGUGGCCACCAGCAUCAUUAUUCUACGUUUUCAGAAGGUUUCUCCACACAGCUCCCCAGGCCCAGCCAGCCCUGGCCCUGCAGCCAAGAAGUAUGAUUCUUUCUCAGACCACAUACAGCUAGUAGGUGCUGUGCAAACCUCAAUUUCUGAGCCUGGGCAGCUUCGACCAGCCCUGAGGCCCUACCUGGGAUUCCUUGAUGGAUGUAACCCUGGAGCUGCUGUGACUUGGGCACUUAGCAUCCUGGUGAUCUCAGCCAUCACCCUGGGCUGUGUGCUAGUCUUCGGAGACUCGGCCUUGCACCUCCCACGGUGGGGCUACAUCUUGCUGCUCCUGAUUAGCAGUGUUGUGUUUCUGCUUUGCCUUCUGGUCCUGGGGGCUCACCAGCAACAGCAACAGCAAGACACUUUUCAGAUCCCCUUGGUGCCUUUGACUCCAGCCCUGAGCAUUCUCCUCAAUAUCUGCCUCAUGUUGAAGCUGAGCUACCUGACCUGGCUGCGCUUCUCCAUCUGGCUGCUGAUUGGACUCGCUGUGUAUUUCGGCUAUGGCAUUUGGCACAGCAAAGCGAACCAGCAGGAGCCACCAGAGCUGACCACCACACGAUAUGUGGUAUUCUCCAGCAGCAGCCUAGAAGAGACAGUGCAGGCUGUGCAGCCCACUAGCCAGCCACCAGCUGAGGAGCCUGGUUGCAUGGAGUAGCCGACCAGUCUGUGAGGCUAACUCAUGAUUGUUUUGCUCUCUCCAUCUCCUCAAGAGGCCAGAGGAGCUGGGAGCUGCUUCUGUUCAGGACACCUUGGGUUUGUAGGCUCUGGUGGUUCUCAGGACUUUAGGACCCUAAUCCAGAUACUAAAUUUCUCUGGUCUUCAGAUAAUGGGUCUUGGCCAGUGUUGGUGCAGUGAGCUCCUUGCUCAGCACCUUCCUGUUUCUGAUCAAUUCCAGCUAUUUGGGUGGGUAGGUAGGGUGGGCAGGGAAGAGGUCGCAGCCCCAGGAAUUCAUAAUAAUAACUGUUCAGCCAGCCAUAUGGUUAGCCACUAUGUCCACUGUGGAAUUCUCUGUGAUACUGAGUCCUCACCUACCUUUGGGAAUCGGGCAAUUGUU